AUACUUUAAGAGAUAAGACAGCGCAGAUCGUGAAGUCUUUCACACGCACUGAAAAACUAUGUUCCUUACGCAUGCGAUAUCUCGAUAUUAGUUUCAUUUCAGCUCGAAAUUAAAAGCUCAUAUAUUUUCAAAAGUUCAUAUAUAUUUUCUAUGGAUCUUUCGUUGCAGAUCGAUUGGAGGGAUCCAUGGCUGGUCGCGCUGUUAACUUUCCACAUUGUUGUCACAAUGACUGCCUUAAUGACGAGGAAUCACGCAAACUUUCAGAUAAUUCUAUUUCUUGUACUCCUGCUCUUGGUUUACUUCUCGGAAAGUAUUAACGAGGUCGCGGCAACAAACUGGAUGAGAUUCCCUAGACCGUUUUCCCGCUCUGACUUUAAUCUCGUUAACAAUUUUCGCAGGAGAUUCUCUAAACAACAGUAUUUCGAUUCGCAAGGCCUGUUUAUAUCCGUCGUGUUUUCGGUACCUAUUUUAAUAAAUUGCAUGAUCAUGGUGGCUAGUUGGCUUUACCAGUCCAGUCAAUUAAUGACAAGCCUGAAACGUGCACAGCUGCGAGAGCAGGCGAGGCAUCGCCAGUCGGACGAGGCGGUGAACGGCAAAACAGCCGCUAGACCGAAAAACGAGUGAAGAUCGGAAAAAAAAUCUAGUCAAAUAACAUCCGAUGGGAACACGGAGCGCAGGACACGGAGUGCUGUUUAAUUUAAGGACGAAGAAAUCGCUAAGAUUUAUAUUUACGUCGACUUACAAGCUAGAGAUAGAUUUCACGGAGUGCUGUGUACACUUGGCCAUCGUUGCGACUCGGUAAUCGCUCUGAUCUCAGUCGCGAUAUGCCGAUUAGCUAUCGAUAUCUCACGCGGAGAAUCACGCGAUGGAAAGGAGGAAGGGAGGGAGGAGGACAGAAAAAAAA